AUGGGUGAGAAGGAUCUGAGGUGGGAGGAAUUAAAAAGUAGGAACAGAAGACAACAUGAUGACAGAGGGUCGGUUUGGGUGGAUAGAAGUGGAAAAGCGAAUAGGGAGGAUGAGGCAAUCUCCUCCUUCUUAUUUACUAAUUAUCUGAAGGAUUUUGGAGCCAAGGAGUUGUUUGAGACUUUUAAGGAAUAUGGUUUAGUCCAUGAGGUGUACAUUUUAAGGAAGAAGGCUAAAAGGGGAAAGAGGUAUGGCUUUGUCUUGUUCAGAAAAGCUAAAGAUGUUAUGAGGGGAAAAUUAAAACAGGGAAGCAAGACUCUGUGGGUCACGAACAUGGUGAUCAGCAUCACGAACUGGACAGGUAUAAAGGACCCUGUGACAUAA